CCACGUUCAAACAUUGAUCUUCCCAAGGCCAACUCAGACAAGGGCGGUGUGAUCACGAGCAGUAUUUGAGCCUUUUAUUGCACGUGCUAUCGUCUUAUCGUCAUUCGAGAUUUUGUUUCGAGAUUCAUAUUUCUACCAUUACGUCCCAGAACUCGUUCCGAAACGCCCAACUUCCUGCCCCUCGUUCCAACCUUGAAAGAUCGUGUUCCUUGUAAACCACCCCCACCAACCCAAAAGAUGUUCAAGUGGGCUCAGAAGCAGCUGGCCGAUGUGGCCGGCACCAAGGAGCCCAUCUAUGGGCCCUCCGCAAUUCGCUCCGUGGCCGAGCAGGCGAAGGAAACCCCCUAUACCGAGCUGACGAGAGACGACAUGAAGUGGUUCAGCAUUAAUUCGACGAGCGUGGAGACCUUCACCUUCUACCUGAUGGCCGACAGCGGCCACGCGGCUUUUGUCCAGGUCAUCUAUAGUAACGUGGCCAACAUCCGCACGACUGUCCAGUUCAACUCUAAGAUCUUCUACCCGGAGACCUCCAAGGAACCCCUCUGGUGCUCUACGCAGCUCAAGGACGUCGACUUCAGCGAGGACCGGUGCAACUUCUACGCGCAAGACUGCGCCAUCGAGCUGUCCGCGGAUGGGGAAUCCUACACGAUCAAGUCAAUGAACGAUGCCAGGUCUGUGGUCAACAUAACCGUGAGAAAGACGGCCCCAGGGUUUGUCUGCGGCAAGGACGGCAAGACGCUGUAUGGCACAGAUCUCGAGAACCCGUGGGGGACGAUGCGCCAUGCCUUCUGGCCGCGCUGCGUUGCUGAGGGCACGAUCGCCACACCCGAUGGACCCUUAGACUACAAGGGCAAGGCCCUCUUUAUUCACGCGCUGCAGGGCAUGAAGCCGCACCAUGCGGCGGCGAAAUGGAGCUACGCCAACUUCCAGGGCAAGAAUCUGUCUGCGGUGCUAAUGGAAUACACGACCCCUCCAUCAUACGGCUCGACCGUGGUCAGCGUGGGUGGGAUUGUCAAGGAUGGAGAGAUCAUCUCUGGAGGCUGCACCAACAAGGCCACCCAUACCAGGACUAAGCAGGACGACAGUAACUCGUGGCCGGAGCCUGAGGCUGUCAAGUUUGAGUGGACCGGGACCACCAAAGACGGUCAGCCGGUGGAGGCGGUGAUCGAGACGGAGCUGGAGGACAGGCUUGACAGGAUCGACGUCAUGGCCGAGGUCCCCGGAUUCGUCAAGCAGAUCGUUGCUGGAGCCGCCGGUACGAAGCCAUAUAUUUACCAGUUCAUGCCGAAGAAUCACAAGGUAAUUCUAAAGCUGAAGACUGGAGACGACGAGACGGUGGAGGAAGGUACGCUGUUCAGUGAGGCCACUUUCAUCUCGGAAUAGAAAACAAGACGACAAAACGGGUCCCUGAUAGAAAGGAAACGAUACGAUCUCAAUAUCAACCAUGGGAUUCAAUUUUUGGAAAAGAAAGACAUGGUACAUAUACAGGAGAUGCACUAUGGCGUUGGAGGAUGAGGGACUAUUUUGUAUCGAGGGGCAUGCUUUGUCCCUCUCUCGAUCUGAAGCUGGCGUGAGUAUAUGGCAUCGUCUUGAGUAUAGAGACUUUGUAAUUCCCAACUUGGUGUAAUUAAUAAGCUUCUUGAGCCUUUAUUGUGCAUAAUCUGUGGUUGGACCCUCUGAUCUCCAAAUGGAGAGGUUCACUGAUCCCUG